UCCCGCCGGGCCUUAAUCUGCCCCUCCAUUGGGGAUUAUGGGCUCACACUCUCGCAAGGGGCCGCCGGAGAGAGGGACGCCCGCCACCAAGGACGCACCAGCCAGGAGAGGGUCCGCUCAGCCCAGGAGAAAGAAGGUCGCUCCGCUGCAGGCGCCGAAACAGCAUCAUUACAGAGACUGGCCUCUGCAGAUUUGAACUUCACACAUUGACCUGCUACUUGUCUGAAAACUAAGUGUCUAAAAGAACAUCUGCUUGUUGGAAGGUUAAGUGUCUGCUCACUACAGAGUGCAGAGAUGAAUUCCACAGAGAUCCCCAUUCAAGCUGAGAUGGUAGAAUUGGUGCCCAAUGGAAAACAUACAGUGUUGAAUGCUUCUUCUGGUCCAUCUCUGGGAAAUGACAGAUUUGAUGAGAACCAGCCAGAAAUGGAGGAGUUCCUUCCUCAUGGAGCUGAAAAGAAACAUACUCAUUUCACAGAUUUUGAAGGAAAAACCUCUUUUGGAAUGUCUGUCUUCAAUCUCAGCAAUGCCAUUAUGGGCAGCGGGAUCCUUGGUUUAGCCUAUGCCAUGGCCAAUACUGGCAUCCUUCUUUUUCUAUUUCUCUUGACUGCUGUAGCACUGUUAUCCAGUUACUCCAUCCAUUUGCUACUCAAAUCCUCAGGAAUUGUCGGAAUCCGCGCCUAUGAACAGUUGGGCUACAGGGCAUUUGGAACUCCAGGGAAAUUGGCUGCUGCUGUUGCUAUAACACUACAGAAUAUUGGAGCCAUGUCAAGUUACCUGUACAUUGUGAAAUCUGAAGUGCCUCUGGUCAUCCAGACCUUCCUCAACUUGGAGGAGAAAACAACGGACUGGUACAUGAACGGGAAUUACCUGGUGAUCAUGGUUUCCAUAUCCAUCAUCCUCCCUUUGGCUCUCAUGAAACAACUUGGUUACCUUGGUUAUGCCAGUGGUUUUUCUCUCAGUUGCAUGGUCUUCUUCCUUAUUUCGGUCAUUUACAAAAGGUUCCAGAUUCCUUGCCCACUUUCAGACCGACUCAAUGGCACCAGUAACAUGAAUUCUACCCCGGUCAGCACAAGUAGCUAUCAGAAUGACCUCACCGUCAUAGAGGAAAUCAAUGAAGAGAUCUGUUCCGCAAGCUUGUUCACACUCAACUCUCAGACAGCUUACACCAUUCCUAUCAUGGCAUUUGCUUUUGUGUGUCACCCUGAGGUCCUGCCUAUUUACACUGAACUAAAAGAACCAACCAAGAAGAAAAUGCAGUGCAUCUCCAACAUCUCCAUCACUGUCAUGUAUGUCAUGUAUUUCCUGGCUGCUCUUUUUGGCUACCUCACUUUUUAUGGCCAGGUGGAAUCAGAGCUGCUACACACCUAUAGUAGAGUCGACCCAUUUGAUGUGCUGAUCCUAUGUGUGCGGGUGGCUGUGUUGACAGCAGUGACAUUGACGGUGCCCAUUGUUCUCUUCCCGGUGCGCCGUGCAAUUCAGCAGAUGCUCUUCCAAGACAAGGAAUUCAGCUGGAUUCGACACACUAUCAUUGCGGUUGUGCUGUUGACAUCAAUUAACCUGCUUGUCAUUUUUGCCCCUUCCAUCCUGGGCAUCUUUGGCCUGAUUGGUGCCACUUCGGCUCCCUGCCUAAUAUUCAUCUUCCCAGCAAUAUUCUACAUCCGAAUCAUGCCCAAUGAGACGGAGCCGCCAAAAUCCCCUCCCAAGAUACUGGCAGCCCUCUUUGCGUGCCUUGGUGUGAUAUUCAUGAUCAUGAGCCUCAGCUUUAUCAUCAUUGACUGGGCCACUGGUGGUGGGAAGAGCGGAGGCAGCCACUAACAAGGCGGGGCCUGGAGCCUUGUGAUGUGGAUCAAAGCCUUGGGAGACUAAGCUGGCUUGGAUACCUUUCCUGCCCCCUUCCACCUACACUAGUACUGUAAUGUAAUGUAGUCCCUUGCUCAAUUUUGAGCUGGGGGUGCUGUUUCGUUACUCGGUCCUUACAUCCAUGCUGAGCCAGGGGAUGCUGCAGGCUGGACCUGUCCGGAAACCUGUUUCUAAAUCUUUGAAUCAUUUAUCUCCAGGUCUGGAAUGGAUCGGACCAAUGGCCAAUGAACACAUAAACUGGGGAAACAGUCUGUUUCUGAGGGGUUAAGCGGGGGGAGGGGGGCAGCUGCCAUGAUAAGCACAUCCAGCCCUGUAUGUCUAUGGCUGGCCCACACUGAGGCGUCUGGAGAGCCAGCAGCAGAAGAAGAUGGGAAGGGUGGCUAAAGAACCUAGGUAUAGAAAUCUCACCAGAGGUUCACAGCUGACUGGAAGAAAUGACAGGUUUCCCUAGUAGAGGCAAAAAGUAUGAAGUGAAUACAUUUUGGACAGGAAUGUUAUUUUGGAAUAUAUAAUACUAAUAUAUUUUGAAAUCAUAUUCCAGGCCUUCUAUGACUACGACUAUAGAGCUUCUGUCCCUCUCAAAUGUCAUUCCUCAGCCUUUCUUUCCUGGUGGUUUUUUUCUCUCAAACUUGGUUUUUCUUCUGCAAGAGCCUCAAAAGCCUUAUGAUCAAUGGUCCUCUCUCAGGACAGUUCAUUGUUUAGUGUAAUAACAAGGUGAGUGUUGCCAGUUCCCAUAUGUGGACCUCAAUCUGCUGUUACUCCAACCCAGAGGGCUGGUGCUAGGAGAUGGUGUAGGUGUAUCCUCCUUUUUGACCUACUACUUUUUGAGAUCAAUUACGUUUGUGCUACCUUCCCUAGGCCUAUUGUCCAUGUUUCAGUUUUCCUUAGACAGGUGAAGUUAGCUGGGAAGGUACAGUGAUACUUUGGAUGCAUGGAUUGGUGAAAGUUGGAAAUUUGCUGUAAUGGACAUGGUUUUUCCUUCUUUGGAGAGAACUGGGAUUUAAUUUGGGUUAGGGAGUUGGCCUCUUUUCAGUGACAUAAUAUUCUUCUCAAUUCAUUUCACUUGAAAUGUUGUAGAUUCCUACCAUUAUGAGGCUUUUGUGUCCAAGGCUCUUAUAUCCUGAAUAUUUAUGUUAUCAAUUAUCAGAUCCUUCCAUCUGAGAGACAUUCCUUCCCUCCUUGAUAAUAAAUAUAUCAGAGUGGCCUCUGUCCCCCAUCUACUAGCAGAGGCUAAACUUACUGGAAAAUGUAGCCUUUCCAUUAAAGUAGUCCACCGGUCUAACCACUUGCUAAAAUUUAACUGCUGCUAAUUUUAAUGGUUUUAGAAUAAUUUUCAUUUGUUUGUACAUACUUAUAUUAUCUUUUCCUCCUUUUUAUUCUAUAAGAUUCCAAUGGAAUUGUAUUUAUAUAGCUGCCUUCAUGAAAUUGGUUUUUCUUUGGCAUAAUUUACAUAGGAAUAGCUGAAUAUUCAGUGCAUCUGUGAUCACACUUUGUGUGACAGCAGCCAGGAAAAAAAUAAUUAAUCUUUCCUAUUUCUUCUCUCUGAUCUUGUCAUUUUUAAAAAAUGAGGAAAAAUUUCUCCCCCCCCCCACCCCCAUCAGAGAUGAACUCCAAGAUCCACACUGAUGUGCAGCACUCUGAAAUGUUUAAGCCUCUUCUUCCUAGAUCUACCCACAAAUUGGGGAAGAGGAAACAUGUGUAAGAAGCUAUUGGGUGUGUAGAAAAAGCAUGAUGAAGCCUAAGCCAGGGCAAGCAACAGUUUUUGGCCCCUGGAUCUCCCUCCAAGGGUUUCUAAGGUAGCCAGAAUUAGAAAAACCAAACCAGAAGUGGGCUGAAGACCAUGUCUGCUAUGGAGGCAAGAAUCCUUUCUUUUAAAAAAGGUUAAAUAGUGUAAGGAAGCUCUGCAACUUAUUUAAAAGUGAAUUCCCUCUAAUGGUUUUCAAUGAUGUGUCUAUUAUUAUGCUUUUUCCUCCAAGUCAGACUAUUUGUCCAUGUGGCCCAGUUAUGUUCAUUUUGACUCUCCUCCAGGAGCUCCAGUCGAGGAACACAUCACCUAUUGCUUAGAGGGAAUCUGACCAAUAGAUUGAAGUGGAGGGGCCUUCUGUAUCAUAGCAAAAAAAGCUCUGCUCCUCAGCUCCAGUUUCUGUUCAGUCAUGGUCUGUGAGUUCCUAGUAUAAGUGAAGGUGGAAGGCAUGAUUAAUGCAGUUUACACAAAGGGAGGGCCAUUUGGCCCUCUUCAAAAUCAGGAGUGACAGAGAGAAAAAAGAAGCAAGUUAUUCCACAUUCAGUUGUGAAAAUGAAGCAUUGGAAAUUGUUGUAUUCCCUCCAAGAAAAAAAAAGACAAUAGUUUUGGUCAGCAAAGCUAGGAACAGAGCAGUAAACCUGCCUCCUCCUCUAAAUCUUCAAAACAUGCUCUGGAGGGCUGAGAAAACAUUUGGAACAGGUUUUCAGGUGACACAGAGGGUUGGUGGGGAGAAUUAAAAGCAAUCCCAUCAAUGCAGAGCUGGUUGUAAAGCUGGCAAAAUUGCUAUAUAUACCUCCCAUGACACUAAAGAACUUUCCCCAUACCUUCCAUGUGAAAAUAGUUCCAUGGGUUUAACAGGAAAGAAAAAAAAUCUCUUCAUUGUGGAUGAUGCUGCAGAGAUUGAACUCACUUCUGUUUUGGAUCCUGAGGCAGCAAUACCCCAUUAAAAUAUUGUGAAAAUUUAAAUUUCACUUUCCCCUAGGGAUUACCAAAAUCCUAUUCUUAAGACAUAUAAUAUAAUAUAUUGUAUAAAUCGAGGAUUUCAUCACUUGCUGUGCACCAGCCAAACCUCUUUGAACCAUAUCUGAGCAAGAAAUUAGGCAUUCCAGGAGACAAGCCAAGCUGAUUUUCAGCAUGAAUAUUCUCUUUCAAUAAGUAUAAAUGGUGGGAUUGGUAGUUUAAAAUAUUUAAUGGAUACCAUUGGAAAGUGGAUUUCUUGUUAAGCAUUCAGAAUGGGUGGUUGUACUUCCUUGUUCCAAGCCUAAUUAAGAGCAGGAUCCUUAACUGGGUUGAUAUGGUAAAUCAACUAUAUUUCUGGAAUAAAGUCUCAGAAAAGAAGGGAAGGUCCACAGUACUGUAGAUUAAAACACUCUGACCUCAAGCUUAUUAUUGCAGUAUGGCUCUCACAUCAGUGGGGGCUGGUAAUAGCUAACCCUAAUGAAAUGAAUGACUUCUGCUGGAGGUGAUUACAGAAUUGCCCCAAAGGACCUAGAAAAUUCCUAGAGCGGUAACCUGUCUCAGAAUUCAUUUAGUCCUUCAGGCCAAUCUGUUGUGUUUUCCAGCAGAAGUAUAGUAUUGCCUGGAGAACCUAGAAAAUUCCUAGUGAUUACAAAUUUUGUCAGAUGCGGAUAGAUGAAACCGUUGCUUUGCCAGUUUAUAUGGGAUUGUUGGCCAUGCAUAACAGCUGGGCCCCAUGUGGGUUUCUGUGUACAAAAACAACCUCUCAUUUUCCAUGCACAGGGAAGUUCUCUCUGUUGUGAUGGGUACCUGGACUGCACAUUUGGGACAACUGUGUAUCACAGCAUUGUUGAACGGUAGUUUGGCCCAUUUUUAUGAUACACAGAAGCAAUCUAUAUAAUAGAUGUGUUUUGCACAGAGAUAUCCUAGCACUACAUGAAACUAUACUGCACCCUGCUGUAAAUUGUGGGUAUAACUGCACCUUAAAAGGCUUCAUUCGGUCAUAUUCAGAAAUUGUGCAGCAGGGGAAACAUUUUUUUAAAAAAAAUUAAUAAUACUCUAAGGAACGGAAAGAAUCAGAAAGAUUCUGUAGCAUUUUGGGGGCUAUGUGAAAAGAAAGACAUCUCAAGGAUGAUGAAGCAAGUUGAUCCUAGAAAGAUCUUCCCAGAUAGCCUCAAAUAUGCCAGUAGAUUUCUUUGUGUCCUUUUAUGCUGAAAGAAGGCUAACACCGUUGUCACAUUGAUGGCAGUGAAGUCACACACUGAACAACAUUUGCACUUGGAGAUCGAAUGCCCCACCAUCCUGGGUCUAAUGCCCUGCCCUCCCGCACCAAUCCUCAAAGAGGCUCCAUUGAGCUGAACAGCCUUGGCAUAAAAUGCUUUCCUUUAAAAAGGCAGUGGUAUCUGGCCUGCAUCACACACUGUGACAUUUUGCUCUUGGAAUACUGCAAUUUUUUUUAAAGCAGUGAAAUAAAUGUUGGUGGUCUUAAAUCACUGUUAUGGAAGUAAAUAUCCUUUAAAUGAAAACACAUACUUCCAUGUAAAUUCAUUCAGGGAUCUAAGCUGAAGAGUUUAAAAAGAAACAUUUCAUACUAUCCUGAGCUAAUCUAGCCCAACUUGCAGUCCACAUAUUUCUUGCAAUCUUCCCCACUAUGUCUGACACCUUCUACUCUUUUUUUUUUGCCAAAAGCCAUAAAGAAAGUUUUUUUUUUUAAAAAAAAAUACAAAAUUAUUUUAUUCAGAAAAUGCACCUUAUGAAUUUCAAAGCUGGGUAAGGAGGGUAACAAAUAAACCAAGGUGAAUAUUUUUACAGGGGUUACAAGAAUAAUUUUAAAGACCACAAAUAAUUAUUUCUAGAGUUUAAUAACUAUAAUGGGCAUAAAAUAAGAAUAUGUAUUUUUGUACUGGGGUGGUGGCUCAUCAAUUUGCUUUUUAUAAAUACUGUAUAUAAGAGUAGAUCUUUUUUAAUGUAUUUGUUGUUGCGCCCAGUAACUCUGUAUAGUGUAUAUAUUUUAUGUUCACAGUGAAGAGGGAAUGGAUACCAGAAGACCUACCUGAGCUGGGGAAGAAACAUACCGCCAACUUUGCAACUCAGGGUAUUUCAGCUGUUUCUACAGUCUGGUGUCCAGCUAAAAAAAAAGAAAUGGAGAGAGGAGACCAUAUGUGCAGAUCAAAAAUAGGGACUAGAAUUGGCUUCUUACUGCCAUCCAGCUGAUUUCAGCAAGGUUUUACUGAUCCGUGGCAUGGAUCUAGCAGAAGCACAGGCAACCAAACCCAACACAUUGUGUGUGUACCUGAAACUGCAAGCCCCACAGACCAUGGGGAACAGCUGGUUUCUGGUAAGAACUACUGCAACAGCUCCCAAUCAGGAGUAAGGUGUAGCAUGAGGACGGGGAGUAUAGGUGCAGAUUAUGAGUUGCUUAUGUCUCCUCCCACCAAUCACAAUACAAUUGGACAGCCUUUAGAUCACACAGAAUUUCAAGAAUGCCUUGGGGGCACAUAGGGUUGAGGAAUGUGGUGACAUCUCAUAAAGAAUCUGGGAGUUGUGAUCCAGGCUCCCAUGAUGAAAAAUGAAAGAGAGGAGAGAAGGGGCCUUAAACUCAUCAGUUUCUUACAGUCUAUCAAGCAGCAUUUUAAAUUCCAUAAAAAUGAUCCAAAAUUACCCUGAAGAUAAUUGUUUGCCACUUGGCCAUUUGUUGGGUUAUUAGUUCAGUAUGGGACAACCCUAACAGUCUUUUUUAUUUAUACAUCUAUUUAUUAACUCUCUGCAACUUAGACUAUGGGCUUAAAAACAGUUUCAAGCAUAUGAGGCACUUUCUUUGUGAAGCCCGCUCUUUGAUAAAACAAGGGCCAGGGGAAUGAAAGGGAAGCAACUGUGCUGGAUUUCAGGACUGACUAGGGGUAUAGCAGGGGGUGGGGGGUUGAAUGAGGAAAUUGCCCCCUCAAAUAAGAACUUUGGCCCUAUGAAAUUUUCCUACAGUCUAAAUUUCUAGCAUUGCAGAGAACAUGACUUCAAAAAUUAUUCACAUCUAGACAUUUCCUAUUUGCUGUUUUCACGUUCCAUUGGGAAAUUUCCUGCCCCUUGCCCCUGGAUGCCUAAAUUCUAUUUCUAAAUGUUCAGUAAAGUUUUAAGUUGUUGCAGAGCCAGUGUGGCACAGUGGUUUGGGUCUCGGACUAGGACUCCGGAGAGCAGAGUCCAAAUGCCCUCCUGACCAUGGAAACCAACUGUGUGGCAUUGGGCCUCAGAGGAAGGCAAUAGCAAAAACUCUUCUGAACAAAACUUGUCAAGAAAAUCCCAUAAUAGGAUUUCCAUAAAUGGGAAAUGACUCAAAGGCACACACCAACAACCCAGUAGUGCUAGGAGUGGAAGGACUGAAGAAAAAUGUAACAAACAGGUAGAAGUUUUCUCUGGGACAGGCAAUGCUCCCAUUUGCCACUUCCUCUACUGCACUUAUAGCUAUAUCCAUGGCCUGGGCCCUUUAUGUAGGUCUCUCCUCUUCUUUUCUAAAUGCAGCUCAUUGGAGCUUUGUAGCAGGUGGCAAAGUAUUUUAUGUUUUUUAUCUCAAAUAUCAGGCAGGUUUACUGCCCAGCUCAGGGCAGGUCCUGGUCCGUGUCUCAUUCCUUUGUCUGACAGAGAAACCUCUGUAAGAAAACUCAUCUCGAUGUAUGAUCAUAGGAAAGUAUUCCUGGAGAAGAAAGAUGUGUUGCUUUGGGUUUCCCUCCUGCUUCUCCCUACCCUUAAUUUGGGACCCUUCCCCAAGGGAUUGAGAGGGGUACGGGUGUCCUUUCCGUCCUCGCUUUGCAUCCUAAGUCAGUCUGUGAAGAAAAGAAAGGUCUGUCUAGAGAAGUUCUAUUUCUGUAACAUGUACUAGGGGUCAGUUUUAAAUUAUAUGCUGAAAUUAGAUCUAUAUUUGGAAAUGAAAUAAAUCUUUUUAAAAUAACAAUAAAGAAAAUGUGAAACCUCA